AUGGAGAAGUUUGCAUUAUGCACAAUGCUGUUUACAAUGGCAUGGUUUGGUUAUGUAGAAAGUGUCAAUGUGGGGUUUGGAUGCUCGGAAGAAGAUAACUCAACUGUGAAUGCUGUCUACCGAUCAAAUCUUAGAACCCUUUUAGAUUCAUUAGCUAGAAACGUGCCAUUUCAAGACGGGUUUUUCUAUAAUGCUAGUGUUGGGAAUGCUUCUGAUGAUCGAGUUUAUGGUCUGGCAUGGUGUCGAGGGGAUGUUUCGCCUGACACAUGCUCCGAGUGUUUGAGCAUGACUAUUAGCGUACCUUUAGAAGACUGCCCCGAAAGCAAAGACUUGGUGUUGUGGUAUGAUACGUGUAGCUUAAGGUUCAAGAACAUGAGUUUCUUUGGCGAGCUUUGGAAUAGCUCGUCGUCAGCAGGUUAUGGUAAUAAUAAUAGACUUGAUGACCCUUCGGUGUUUUCAAAAGGGUUCUCAAUGAUGGAAAGUUUAGCAAGGAGUGUUUCUAUUGCACCGUUGAUGUUUGAUAGUAGGGUUAUAGAUGUUGGAAAGCUGGAUGGGAAGAGGUACGGGAUGGGGCAGUGUAGUCGAGAUCUGAGCAAAUUAGAUUGUCAAAAUUGCUUGGAGGGGCUUCUAACAACUCAUAAGACAUUCAUAUUGAAUCAAACAUGGUGGGAAAUGCUGAGUGUGAGUUGUGGUAUGUGGUAUGAUGAUGAUGCUAGUUUUAGAAACAACAAUACAUGGUUGACUCCCGGAACGGAUGCUUCUGCAGGGCCGACUACUCCUGGUCCAGAUGCUUCAGGAUGUGGAGAAAGAUGGUACAACGGAGAGAUGAUGUUGGCUUUCAUAGCAUUAUUUGUUAUGUUAUAUUGA